AUGGCACCGACUUGCAGAUGGAAUCGUCACGCGCCAGACGCCAUCGUCGCACGCGAGUGUUAUCGAAUCGUGAAUAAUUCUCUUUUUCUUUCGCGCCUAUUUUCUAAUUUCCUCUUCUUUUUCCACUUUAUUUUCACUCCCCAUUUAUUACAUCCUUUCUCCUACUCCUCCCCAACCAUUAUCACAUCAUUCCCCCUCCUCUUCUAUCCUCCCUUUCCCACGUUUGUUAUAUGCUUUCCUCUCAACCACUAUCCUCUCUUUUCUCCACCUGUCACAUCCUUUCCUCUCGUCUUCUAUGCUCUUUUUUCUCCACCUGUCAUAAAAGUUUCCCUCCUCAUCUCUUUUAUCCGCCUGUCACAUCCUUUUCUCUCCUCAUUUCUUUUCUCUGCCAGUCACACCCUUUCCUCUUCUUUCCUCUCUUACGUCCGUCUAUUGCCCCAUUUCCUCUCAUCUUCUAACGUCUUUCUCCGUCUGUCACAUCCUUUCCUCUUUUCAUCUCCUUUCCUUACCUAUCUUAUCCUCUCCUCUUCUCUCCUAUCAUCUCUUUCUCCCGUCUGA